GGUAACGCCAAGCCCUAAAUCCACAGGAAGUGAAGUCUCGUCUAGGAUACUGAGGGGAAAAUUUAGGGAGGUGCACAUUUCCUGUUUCCUAGCAACAAAAGGAAGUAUUUGUUGUUGCCCUAGCUUGUGUGACUUCUCCAAGCCCAGGUCCUUGGAUCUCAAAGUAGAAGAUGCUGGGGGGAUGCCCACCCCUAAGUGUGAGAGCUCUCAGGGAGAAGCGGGGGGUGCCUGAGCGGCCAGUCAUUGCUCUUCAGGGUGCCUGAGAUGCCUGAAAGGGGCUGGGCAGCAAGAGUUUUCCUCCCACGUUUUGUUUUCCCCGGUUGCCUUGAACAAAUUAAUCUCCUGCUCUUUGAGAGGAAGAGAGGGGCUUUUUGAGUCUGUGUCUUUCUAGGAAGCUAAGGCAGCGACGUGGGACCUGAUCUCUACCUCAUGGCUGGAUCCUGAGAGGACUUUGGAGUUCUUUAGCUCACUGUUUGCAACUGGAAUCGCCCCUAAACUGGGACAGAUGAGUUGAUACCUCAGAUCUUCAGUCCGCGUCCAAAGCCUCAAAACUUGCGCCAUUCUCUCUUUCGUGAAGUGCAGCUGCUGCUUACUGACUCUUCCUGCAUCCUUUGAGGUCUGGACAAGCUCCGUCUUUAAUGCCUUAGAAGUCCUGGGGUGUAGACUGACUGCAGCUGAUCUCUGCCCAUUCCUGGCUGAUGUGGGGGUUCCCCACAACUUUCGCAUCUCUUCUGGAGUUUGGAAGUUUUGUACUCUUAGGAAAUAAUGUUUUGAUCUCUCUGCCUAAGGACCUCCAGUACUUGAAAUUAUAUUAGUGUUGAAUUCUCUGCCUGUACUUUUCAGUUUGGUGUUAAGGCCCAUUGAAAAGUAUUUUUGAAAUCUGGAAUUUUAAGGUCCAAAUUCCAGUCUCUGCGCACUCAGGGUCCUUGUGUCUCUUCCAACUUCUUGUUCCUUGACUGUCUACUUGUUUGUUACCUCCUGAGCUGGAGAUGGGAUUCUAAAGGGUCUCCUGCUACUUGAAGAUCUGUGCAUUCCCUCUUCUCUUCAGACAUUCAGAAUAUAUACGCAGUAGCUCAAACCCUGUGAAAUCACUUGUCCUGAAUUAGGAGAUGCAUCCCCCUCCCUCCCAUUCUGUUCUACAUGCCUCUUAAUAUGCCUGCCUGCUGGACCAUUAUUUCCUGCCUUUGGGGAAGAAAAUCCAUCGUGACUUCUUAUACUUAUGAAGUUUUGUGCUCAUUUGGGAUGUUCAGCAUGAUUUGAGAGGUCUUGGCAUCAGAACAUUUGGGGAAGAAAAGCGCCACCCUGCAGCUGUGCAAUGGAGCCGUAUUUUGGACCACAAGGCCUCUGGCUUGCUCUUUAAAGAGAGUGAGAGGGAAGGAGGACCACGCCUGGGUUGAGCGAUGGCUGAGGGGGACGCCUGCGAACAGUCCGCUGGGCCGGAGGAGCGUCCGUACAAGUGCAAGCAGUGCCCGCGGAGCUACCGCCACGCUGGCAGCCUGGUGAACCACCGCCGCACCCACGAGGUGGGCCUCUUCCGUUGCCUGCUGUGCCAGAAGGACUUCUCCAACCCCAUGGCCCUCAAGAGCCACCUCCGCACCCACACGGAAGAGAAGCGCUACAAAUGCCAGGACUGUGGCCGGGCCUUCCGGGCCUCCUCCCAGUUGAGCAGCCACCGCUGUGCAGCUCCCGCCAGCCAGGAGGAAGAGGGCAGUAAUGGCGGGGGCUAUGCCUUCCCCAGGGGGCAAGACACCUCUUCGUCAGAUGCUGAGACCUGUUCUGGGAUGGAAAGUGGUGGCAGCGGGAGCCUGCUGACCAACCUGGAGAAGUACAUUGCUGAAUCCGUGGUCCCGGCUGACCUUUCUCAGCAGUUCCCCAUCAAGAUGGAAGUGGAGGAAGAAGAGGCGCUUCAGGCACACCAGGGGGAGAAGGAGGUGGGUCUUGGAGGCGCCCUUGUGGACGAACGACGCUACAAGUGCAAUCAGUGUGACAAGGCAUACAAACACGCUGGCAGUCUGACCAAUCACAAACAGAGCCACACACUGGGCGUUUACCAAUGUGCCAUGUGCUUCAAGGAAUUCUCCAACCUCAUGGCACUCAAAAGCCACGCUCGCCUCCACUCGGAGUAUCGGCCCUACAAAUGCCGGUUUUGCCACAAAGCCUUCCGGCUGCCCUCUGAGCUGCUGAGCCACCAGAAGGCUCACGACCAGGAAGAGAGGGAGACAACGGUCUUGCCAGCUUGGGAGGCCUCGGAACGUGGAAUCUGGGAGGAGGACUCCAUAGAGACCUCGGCGAAGCUAGAUAUCUACCAGCCUCCUCCAAUGGGCACCGGCUUGGGAGACGCUGUCCCUUGUAGCCUCAAAGAUACCUCCAAGGUGGGAGGUGGCGAACGCUGUAACCCAGAUGGAGAGCUUUGUGUCCAUUGUGGUGGGACCUUUGCUGAUGAGGAGGAGCUGAAGGGCCACAGCUGCCUCUGUCCAGAGGAGGCAGAGGAGGAGGAGGAGGAAGAGGAGGAGGAAAGCAGCACCCCCUCGCAGCCAGCAGCCAGCUUUAAUGGGGCAUGGGACGCUAGUUUGAAAGUGGAGGAGAACAAUGCUGCUUAUGAGGAGCGGCCCUUCCGCUGCGGGGAUUGUGGCAGGACUUACCGGCAUGCAGGGAGCCUCAUUAACCACAAGAAGAGCCACCAGAUAGGGGUGUACAGCUGUAGCGUCUGUGCCAAGCAGCUCUUCAACCUGGCUGCCUUGAAGAACCACUUGCGAGUCCACCUCAAAUCCAAGUUUGGCUCACCGGCACCAGAGGAGGCCUCCCAGCAUCCAUCCGUUAUCUCAGACCUAUGCAGAGAAGAAAUCAGCCCUGGGGAACCCGGAGGCUGCCAUGUGCAGCCACUGGAUGUCUGGGCAGGAGCUUCCUGUCCAAAGGAGGAGGAAGACAGGGGCGCCGGGGAGGAAGAGCGGCCCUAUCGAUGCGAGGACUGUGGGCGGAGUUACCGGCAUCGGGGCAGUCUGGUGAACCACCGCCACACCCACCAGACGGGGGUCUUCCAGUGCUCCAUCUGCCCCAAACAGUAUUCCAACCUCAUGGCGCUCCGGAAUCACGUCCGUGUGCAUUUGCGGGCAGUGCGCAUGAGUGGCAAGGAGCAAGGAGGCGGCUUGACUUGCAGUAGCUGUGGGGAGAGCUUUGAGGAGGAAGCUGAAUUCCAGCUGCAUCAGCUGCGCCACCUACCCUAUACGGAGGACAUCGAGGCGGCUGUCGUUGCUCGACUUGGUGGAUUUCACCUGCAAGAGGCCGAUCUUCUCCAGGCUAUCCGGCAGGACGUGGAAGCUCUGGAGAAUGGGGCGGCUGUGGCUGAGGACGUCCUUCCCUCUUCUGAGGCGGCACACGUUUGCAGCCAGUGUGGGAUGACCUUUGCCAGCGUGGCCGGCCUGCAGCAUCACACCUUGCAGCACAGCAGCCAAGGGGGAUGGCCGGAAGGGACGACCGAGAGGACAGAGUCCCCCGUCCUCAUCCAGCGACUCUAUGGGUGCGACCUCUGUGGCAAAUCAUACCGGCAUUCCGGGAGCCUGAUCAACCACAAGCAGACUCACCAGACGGGAGACUUCAGCUGCUCGCUUUGCAGCAAGCAUUUCCAGAAUGUGGCCUCGCUCAAGAGCCACUUGCGUGGGCAUCAGAAACCCAGGAGGGCACAGUUGGGCACGGCUGUGAUGGCAAGCGAGGGCGAGGAUGCUGAAAGUGGAACUGCUGUGCCUGAGGUGAUGCUCUUGGGGGAAGAGUUCAAAGACAGUUAUGAUGUCCAAGACGAAAAUGGCCUAGUGAAUGGCUGGGAGUCCCAGUCAAACACUCCCUCUCUGUCGCCCGGUGAAUCUGAGGAGCUUCCUUACCUGUGCGAGCAGUGUGGGCUGGGUUUCGACCAGGCCAACAGCUUGCUGAUCCACAAGCAGACUCAUCAGCUUGGCAUCUACCAGUGCUCCCUCUGCCCUAAAGAGUAUUCCAGCCUUCUGGCCCUGAAGAACCACUUCCACGGGCACGCCAGGGCUGCCGCUUCUGGCCAGGGCAGCUCCAGUGAAGAAGGCAGUGUGGAGGAGCAGCCCUUCCUCUGCAGCCUCUGUGGCAUGAUCUUUCCCAGUGAGGAAGACCUCCAGCAGCAUCACAGCCUGUCGCACGAAGAGGGUGAAACCCAGGAAGGCCCGGGACAGGAUGCCGCGAUGAAAAGCGAGGCCGAGGCCCAGUUGGCAGAGGCGGCAGAUCAAGACGAGGGGCAGCUCCUCUCUCACAUCUGUGGCUAUUGUGGCCAAACGUUUGAUGAUAUGGCCAGCUUGGAGGAGCACAGUGAAGGACAUCAGGAGGAGAAGGCUGCUGCCCUCGCUGACACUUCCAUGCAGCUCCGACGGGCUCCUCGGCUGGAGGAGGACCAGCCUCCCCCGCCACCAGUGGAAAUGCCAGCUGGUGCCAGUGAACCUCUGGACAGCCGGCCGUAUGCCUGUGGCCAAUGUGGCAAGACCUAUCGGCAUGGAGGCAGCUUGGUCAAUCACAAGAAGAUCCACCAGAUUGGAGACUACCAGUGUGGUGUCUGCUGCCGCCAGUACCCCAAUCUGUCUGCCUACCGGAACCACCUCCGGAACCACCCUAGAUGCAAGCUGAAUGGCAGCGUGCCAGAAAUCCGGCAACCUAUCCCUGCCGAAAGAGGAGGUGGGCUGUCGUCUUUUGCUUAUGAGAUUUUGAAGCAAGAGCCCCUUCAGGGCAGCGCUACAGUGGCUCAGGAGGAGAAGGAUCCACUGGACAUGUCCUCCGUAAUGGCUCCUGGUAGCGAAGAAAGAUUGGGACAAGGAGAAGUGUUGAAUGCUAGCCAGUCUGAGGGCAGAAAGAUCCAGGUGCGUGAAGUGUGUGGGGAGGGGUACGAGGAGAAAGCUGCACUGGAGGCCCAUCAGGGUCUUCAUUUUGUGAAAGAGGAGGAGAAAGCGGCAAAAGAGGAGGAAGUAGCAGGAGGAGAGGAAAAUGGCGUCCCCAGUGCUGAAGAGGAGGGCUCCCCAUUGGAGCGCCCCUUCCAGUGUGAUGUUUGUGGACGCAGCUACAAGCAUGCAGGCAGCCUGAUCAACCACAAGCAGACUCACAAGACAGGUCUCUUCCAUUGCAGUGUCUGCCAGAAGCAGUUCUACAACCUCAUGGCCCUCAAGAACCACAAUCGCACCCACUUUGAAACCAAACGCUACCGCUGCCCAGAGUGCCCCAAGGCCUUCCGGCUCCAGAAGCAACUGGCUAGCCACCAGCGGGUACACCGUGACCGGAAACGAGAUCCCUCAUCCCAUCCUCUCAGGAAGCCUGCUCACCCCAAGCGGCUUGGCAAGACAGAGAAUUCAAGCCACCCUCUGAAUGCCACGAGACAUCGCCUCGAUCCCGAAGAACGCCCGUAUGGGUGUGGGGAGUGUGGGCGCACAUACCGCCAUGCGGGCAGCCUUCUCAACCAUCAGAAGAGCCACAAAAUUGGGCACUUUGCCUGCCCCUUGUGCAGCAAGACCUAUCCCAACCUCAUGUCCCUCAAAAACCAUCAGCGUAUCCAUUACGAAGUCAAACGCCACCGUUGUCUGGAUUGUGGCAAGGCCUUCAAGUGGCAACGGCAACUGCUGAGGCACCAGCGCCGGCCCCAUCCUUGUGGCAGGAGCCCUCUGGGGCCAGAAUGUGAAAGGGACAAAGCAGCUCCUCAAAAGGAGCAGGGGAGUGGCCAUGCGGAGGCUCCUAUUGGUCCUUUCCGGUGUCCUCUGUGCCCUAAGCAGUUUCCCAACCACACGGCUUUAAAGAACCACAGCCGCGUGCAUGCAAAAAAACGCUUUGAGUGCUCUGAGUGUGGCAAGGCUUACCGGGCCUCUAAGGAUUUGCUGCGCCACCUGAGGAGACACCAAGCUGAGGAGGUGGCGGAUGUUGCUGAAGGCAGCUGCUCCCUGCCCUCUUCAGUGGCAGCCAAUGAGCCCCUGGAGGAGGAGGAGCGGCCCUACAAGUGUAACAGUUGCGAGCGGACGUACCGGCAUGCCGGCAGCCUCCUCAACCACAAGAAGGCCCACGCCACGGGCCUCUACCACUGCCCCACCUGCCAGAAGGAGUGCUACAACCUCCUGGCCCUCAAAAACCACCUUCACAUUCACACGGACAAGAAGCGCCACCGGUGCCCGCGUUGUGGCAAAGCCUUCCGGACUGCCAGGCGCUUGGCCACCCACAGCAAGGGGCAUGGCCGGCCCAAGGAGGAUGGACCUUUUGCCUGCACGGUCUGCUCCAAGACGUUCUCCCAUCAGCUCGGCUUCCGGCAGCACCAGCUAUUGCAUGCCAAGGACGGUGGGCACCCUGCCACUGGGAGUGUGGCCGCAGGGGAAGGAAGCUGAGGGUGCUGGCACGUGUGUGGAGUGUGUGCCGAGCGUUGGGUGGCCAGGAGAGCAGGCUGCAGGGAAAUGGGAGAUGUCUCUGGGGGGACAAUUGGGAGAAAGGAGGGGGAUAUACAGGGGUUUGUAUAGGGUCGAAGGGUCACACCAGUGGGUGGUGAUAUUGGGGAAAAAUUGGGUGCAUGAUUCCUUAUUCACUCUAGAACAUCUGGUCAGGAAACACAGAGGGGCUGAACUCUAUCCCUUUGAGUAGAAUGUUGCAUUAAGCUCUCCAGCGGUACCUUGUUUGUGUCCCUUGAAAACGUUCCCCUACGGCAACUUAUACCUUCGUUGUGGACCCUAUUUGGAGAAAUGAAUCUUUGCACCCUGGGAAUCUCCCAAGCAUGUGCUUAAAGCUCCUACUGAUCUGAGUUUUCAGCCUUUCUAAAAUCUGUUUUGAUGAGUAGCAGUCGCGAAGUUGAAGCCCCAAUACGGUAUUUGUUAGUGUUUAAAUAAAGAUCCCAGAAGUACUGUCCUUAAAGGAGGGUGGGGGAGCUCUAAUAGUUUCUCAACAAAGACACACACAACUCCUUGCUGGAGAGUAAUUCUCUUCAUUAUUCAAAACCGGAAAAAUUCUGUUUCCUCCGUGCGGGGGAAAUAUUAAGUUUUUUUGAAAUAUCCAAAAUGGACACAUUUUAAUCUCUUUAAAAGCAGUUUUUAAAAAAAGGUUAGCUAAGAGAGUAUUGUGUUAAUUAGGACAGAUUUCUAGAGGCAGCUGACAAAGUUUGUGUGUUUACAGGGGUAAACAUACUUUUUUCCUGCAAAAUUGGAGCACAAUCCACUGAGACGUUCUCCUGCGCAGGCCCAGUUAAAUGAGUGGGAGAACAAAAUUUCUACCUUCUGAAACCAGUUGGACGAAUUCUUUUCAACCCUAACCUUCCAAGGGGAUGUUUUUGCAGGUGUAACUGUGUGUACAUCGGGGCCUCUAGCGAUUCUCUCCAUCCUUGUUGCUUAAGGAUCUUCAAAUCUGUAUGGCUGUUGGACCAGAGACCAAUAGACGGAUCUGUGCCAACUAUCUCUGCUGGCAAUAACUUUACAACACUAAGGAGAGGGAACAGAAGUGGGCAGCAUCAUAACAGUUGAAAUGAGACCUCGUCGCAGCCUCUUGAGCUUCUCCUGGGAGAAGUCGUGGCUAGAGAACGUUGGGAUAUUUUCCUGGGCCAAUGUCUUCAUCCCAUUUUGUUUCUCUGGUACAUUUUGGUCCUCUCUAAAACUAUAGGUUGUUUCCAAAAAAAAGUUCUUCAUACCGUCUCAUGGAUUUCAGUGGCAUUUAGUCAUGCUGAACUCAAGCCCCAUUAAUUUCAAUUGGAUUCUGCAUGCAAGUCUAUAUGGGUUUACUCGAAUGUAAGUCCUGUUACGUUCAGUGGGGCUAGCACCCAGGUAAAUAAGCAUCAGAUUGCAGCCAAAGGGAGGGUUCAGAUAACCCACUGCAGACCGGGUGGAGAGAACUGGAGAUCCCCAGCAAGCAAGUACUCCCAGCAUGAGCCAAUCAUUUUGGCUAUUUUUGUGACAUUCAGGCCUGGAAAUGUCAGGCGGACAGUGUCAGGUUCUCCCCACCACCUGACAUUCUCUGACCAGCUUCAACUCUGGGUUACAGAUGUCGGGUAGCAGAGGGAACCCGUCACUGCCCACUUGACAGUUGUGGGUUCAGACAACAUAGAAAUGGCCGUAAUACUGGUUCAUGCCGGGAGUCCUUGCCCACUGGGGGGGGGUGUCUCUGGUUUCCUCCACCUUACUUGCAGUGGGUCAUCCGAACUCGCCCAGAGUCAUGGCUAACUUGCUUUGGACACAACCCCUAGAAAUCAUUUGCACAUUCAGAAGAAUCGCAUGGCAGAGUCUUGUCGGGACUAUACAACCAGACUGCAGAAGUGAAAGUUAGAACACUUUCCCAUGUCACUAGCUCCCCAGAUCUUUAAAAAAAAAAAGUAAAAAAAGUUACUGUAGUAUAUCAGGGAGAAGGCCAGGGUAGGCCUGUACCUUCAUAAUGGGCUAGUGUUCUAACUACAGUUAGGGUUUUCCCUCUUACAAGAGAAAGCAUUUAAUUAUGUAAUCCCCCCCCGAAGUGGCACAGUCCCCACAGGGCUUCACCACAUGGUUAUUCUGAAUGCAUAGCUGAGCUCUUCCACAUGCUAUGUAAAAGGGAUGGUCUCGAUUCUAUCGAUCAGCCAUUAGAGGGAGGGGCGAGGCAGAUAAUCAUUUUUAAAGUGUUUCAGAACAAGAGGUCUAGAAACUUAACUGCUGCCAGUCUUUCCUAUUGGAGGUUGGCACAGAUGAAAGGAUGCCCAAGUUCCGCUGCUGUUCUGAAGCAGACUCCAUGUUUUCCUCAUUGGGCUGAAUUUCUUAAGCAUUUUGCAGGUAAACUUGCACUGAGCCCAAAAGUCAAAAAGGAAGCCAUGCCAAUUCUUCAAUGACUCAGUUCAAUGAAAGAGUAGCAAUUUUUAAAGUAGAUGAGUAUUCUCAAGUGUGAUGAAUGUUUUCUAGAAUUUCUAACAUAGUGGGUAAUAUUUUUUAUUGGGGUGGGAGGGACAUAUGUGUGUUUUUUGUUUUGUUUUUUUAAUUUUGCCAGCUGAGAUCUCUGUUUUUGUUUUACUUUAUUUUAUGACACCCCACCCCAUGUACUAAAUGUUGAAGUUCUAGUCUUGUUCUGUUGCUGCUGUAUUCAGUAGCUGCCAUAUUGGCACUUGGUCAGGACAAAAAAAAAAAACCACCCUCAUGAUACUAAAAUAAGAUUUGCUUCUUAUGCUUUUGAAAUGCUCCCCCUCCCUCAUUAAUACAGGUUUUGUUUUUUUUAAUAUCCCAGUUCAGUCUGUAAUUACAUGUCCUUCAGUUAAAUGUUGCUGGGGAAAGUUCUUUUUUAAGCGAGGGUGGUUUACACUAAGAAAAGGAACCUUUAAAACGGAAGAAGUUGUUCUCCUUGUCUCACCUGCUCUAACCCACUAGUUCAUUUUCACUGCUCUCCUAGAGAUGGGGAGAUAACCCAGGAUUCCUGCCCCCUGUUCUACCCUAGUAGACCCCACUGUUCUGAGAAAUGUGAGUUUCUCCCAGGUACUUUAAUAGGAUGGAAUCAAUAUUGUAGAGUAUCUGGCACCCCCUGGUGGCCAUACCUCAUCUGUGACACUUAAAAACUCUGCAAAUAAAUUGUUCUUGGUUUCUAAACAAGUGUUUCUCUUCUCUCUCUCUGAAUUGUUUUCUUUGUCAAGUGUGCUACCACGGACUACAGACUUAACCCAUUAUAAUAGAGCAGUUGGAAGCCCAGCUAAUUGGACUAUUCUUAUUCUUUUAUGUUAUUUUUUUGAGCUGCCCUGAGCAGUAUUGUACUGGAGGAUGUAUAUUUUAAAUAAGUAAAUAAAUAAUUGGACUUCA